ACAGACAUCGUUACCACCAGGAUCAUGAAUGUAUUCAGCAAUAUAGUCAAUCGAUUUGGCCGGGAGAGUCAGGAUGGCGCCUUAACUCCCUCCACCAUCCAGCGGACCGUUGUGGUAGUGACGGGUGCUACAGGCUAUAUUGCGAGCCACAUCGUCAGGGUGUUGUUGGAAAAUGGUUUCAAAGUUAGGGCAACGGUCCGCGAUCCCAGCAACAAGGCGCGUCUGAAGUUCCUCAGCGAUCUUCCCGGAGCGUCCGAGCGGUUGACUUUCCACAAAGCCGAUUUACUGGCUCCCGGCUCGUUCGACGAGGUAUGCGCUGGCGCCACUUGCGUUAUUCACACGGCCUCCCCCGUGCCUCUGGAAAUGCCUGAUGACCCCAACGCAGCCGUGGUCGUUCCCGCCGUAGAAGGUACAAAGAAUGUGUUCGAGUCGAUUCUCAAGGCAGGGAGCAUCAAGCGUGUGGUUCUGACCUCCUCCAUCCGCGCCGUCUUUGGCUUUGGGAACGAGAAACCUCCCGGAUACGUGUACUCGGAGGAGGAUUGGAACACGACAUCCAGGCUGGAGAACAACCAGGCGUACAGCUUGAGCAAGACCCUGGCCGAGAAGACAGCGUGGGAGUAUGCCGAGAAGGUGGGGAAAGACGGGAAGAAACCUGAAUGGGACCUGGUAGCGAUUCAGCCGGGCUUGGUCUUCGGCCCAUCCCUGUCCGGGCGAGAGGACUCGAUGAGCCUAACUCUGUUCAAAAACCUAGUAACGGGCCAUCAAUCAGGCAUGGUGAAUCUGGCCUGGGGUGUGGUUGACGUCCGAGAUGUCGCCACCCUGCACGUGGCGGCCCUGACCAACACUCAAGCCUCCGGGCGCUACAUCGCCACAAGUGCCACGCUCUCCUUCCAAGAGAUCAUUGACACGGUUCGCGCCAAAAUUAACCGCCGUUUGCCCAGGUACGCGGUGCCCAAGGCCUUCCUUUGGAUUGGGUAUUACUCAGGCUUGGCGGGGAAGCAGCUCUCUUGGGAGGACAUUGCUUACAACGUGGGAAAUCCUGUACUCUUCAGCAAUGCAAAAGCUACGAAAGAAUUGCUUCCAGAAGGCUUCAUCGAGCCAGCGAAAACGUUUGGAGACAUGUACGAUAAUUUGACUGAGGUCGGCAUCAUUCCCGAGGGUAAUUAAAAUCAUCAUGUAUGCCAGGAAAGAGAGGAUUUGUCCGUUGGCGUCGGGGCUCCUGAUUCAUAGCAUGUGUGAAAAUCAUCUACAGUCCACGGACGCUGAAGCACUUAGAUUACUAACACGUUAGAAGAUGCGCGCAUAAAGCGGCAAAAAAAUUGGACAAAAGAGGGCAGUACGCUGGAGAAUGUUCAUGGCCAAUAGACGAGGCAAAAGCACCUUCUGAACACACGUAAUCUAUGAACUUCAACAAGUCCUGGUUCAGAAUUGUUGUUUUUAAAACGUACGCAAUCAUUCGGUAGCCCAUCAAUAAAUGAUAGAUAACGAUGUGACAAGGAUGAACGAGAGGUUAGGUUUCCCGUAAAAAUAUUCAGUAAGAAACGAGAUGAAACGGCCGUGUGUGCAAAAGAAAGGAAUUCAUGCAAAGGAAAGA